AUGGCUGCAGUUGCAAAUUCCGCAGAUCAAGCAGUUGAAUUGCUGCAGAAGUUCACGUUAGAACCUAAGCCCAAGUCCAUGGAAAUCCCUGAGCCGACCAAGAAGGCUACAGGUAAUCAGUAUGGAUCAGUUGAUAAUGGAAAUGCUCAGAUCCCAUCAUAUGAAAGGUCCCUAACCCCUGUGUUGCCGGAAUUUAUGGAUCCUGCCAUGUGCUAUCUCCCAAAUGGCUACCCAUCUACCACCUUUUAUUAUGGUGGUUAUGAAGGGACUGGUAAUUUUGAGUGGGAAGAUUUUUCUCGAUACAUGAGUCCUGAUGGAGUUGAUUUGACUUCUGGAGUCUAUGGGGAUAAUGGUUCUCUGGUUUAUCACCACGGAUAUGGAUAUGCUCCCUACGCCCCCUACUCUCCUGCUGGUUCUCCAGUCCCAACCAUGGGAAAUGACGGUCAGUUGUAUGGGCCUCAACACUAUCAGUAUCCCCCUUAUUUUCAACCCUUGACACCAACCAGCGGGCCAUUCACACCUACUCCUGCUGUCCAUACCCAGGGUGAAAUUUCCACCUCUGUAGCUGCUGAUCAGAAGCCUCUCUCUCUGGAUACUUCAAAUGGGAAUUCCAAUGUUGUUUCUAAUGGUGUAGGUGCUAAAGGUCGCACUACUACUUCUGCUUAUCAGGAUCCCAGAUUUGGUUUUGACGGAGCUCGCUCACCUGUCCCAUGGCUAGAUGCCCCAAUAUUUUCAGAUGGGCAGCCAAGACCUGUAACUAGUACUGCAAUCUCUUCCUCAAUAUCAAGUGGCAACAAUGGUACUGCUUCAAGGAACCAAACUUACCGCCCCAAUUCUCAAUAUAUGGGCUUGCACCAUCCUAGACCAAUGCCUGCCAUGGGAGCCAACCCUGGGUUCAUGAGUAGAAUGUACCCAAACAAGUUAUAUGGGCAGUAUGGCAACGCAGUUAGAUCAGGUAUGGGUUAUGGAGCACAUGGGUAUGAUUCUCGUACAAAUGGGCGUGCUUGGCUUGCUGUUGACAAUAAAUACAAAACAAGAGGAAGAAAUGGUGGUUACUUUGGAUAUGGCAAUGAGAACACCGAUGGUUUGAAUGAACUGAACAGGGGACCUAGGGCCAAGGGUGGUAAGAACCAAAAGGUUUUUGUACCAACUGUUCUUGCUGUGAAAGGGCAGAAUUUGCCACUUAGUGCUGAUGAAGAGAAAGAGAAGGCUUCUAAUAUUCCAGACCGUGAGCAAUACAACAAGGCUGAUUUUCCAGAAGAGUACACUGUUGCUAAAUUUUUUGUCAUCAAGUCUUAUAGUGAGGAUGACAUUCACAAAAGCAUCAAGUAUAAUGUAUGGGCCAGCACACAAAAUGGCAACAAGAAGCUUGAUGGUGCCUACCAAGAGGCCCAGCAGAAACCUGGUGGCUGCCCUAUAUUCCUUUUGUUCUCAGUUAAUACUAGUGGGCAGUUUGUUGGGCUGGCUGAGAUGAUUGGUCCUGUUGAUUUUAACAAAAGUUUGGAGUACUGGCAGCAAGACAAGUGGAAUGGUUGUUUUCCUUUGAAGUGGCACAUUGUUAAGGAUGUUCCCAACAAUGUGCUGAGGCACAUUACAUUGCAGAACAAUGAAAACAAGCCUGUCACAAACAGUAGGGAUACACAGGAGGUAUUGUUGGAGCCUGGUCUGAAGUUGAUCAAGCUUUUUAAGGAAUACUCUAGCAAGACGUGCAUUCUGGAUGAUUUUGGGUUCUAUGAGGGUCGUCAGAAGACUAUUUUGGAGAAGAAAGCAAAGCAGCAAUUCCCAAAGCAGGUUUGGGAAGGGAAGGCAACUGAGGAAAAGAUAGAGGUGAAUGGGGAAAUAAAUACUCAAAAAUCUGAAGUCACCUCUGAGUUGCUCAAGGAGUCUACCCUAGCUGUGAAGGACACUGAUAACCACACACUUUCUGAGAAUGGUGCUGUUGCAAAAAUUGGUGAUGCCCCAAAGGGUGCUAAGCCAGUUGUAUCUGAGAGUAAAAUUGUACCUAAUGGGGUUGCUAAUGGUUGCUAA